CCUGCACGAGGACGUGGCGCGCAAGAUGUUCCGCCAGCUCUCCUCGGCGGUCAAGUACUGCCACGACAUGAAUGUUGUCCACCGCGACCUGAAGUGUGAGAACCUUCUCCUUGACAAGGACUUCAACAUCAAGCUGUCCGACUUCGGCUUCUCCAAACGCUGCCUGCGGGACGGCAGCGGCCGCAUCAUCCUCAGCAAGACCUUCUGCGGGUCGGCGGCGUACGAGGCCCCCGAGGUGCUGCAGGGCAUCCCCUACUAGCCCAAGGCGUACGACAUCUGGAGCCUGGGCGUGAUCCUCUACAUAAUGGUCUGUGGCUCCAUGUCCUACGAUGACUCUAACAUCAGGAAGAUGCUGCGCAUCCAGAAGGAGCAUCGCGUGGACUUCCCGCGCUCCAAGAACCUGACGGGCGAGUGCAAGGACCUCAUCUACCGCAUGCUCCAGCCCGACGUCAACUGGCGGCUGCACAUCGACGAGAUCCUCAGCCACUCGUGGCUGCAGCCCCCCGAGCCCAAGGCCAUGUCUUCUGCCUCCUUCGAGAGGGAGGGGGAGGGCAAGUACCGGGCCGAGUACAAGCUGGAUACCCGGCCGGGCUCGAGGCCCGACCACCUGCCUGAGCACAAGCUGGGGGCCAAAACCCAGCACCGACUGCCGGUGGUGCCGGAGAACGAGGACAGGAUGGAGGACUGGCUGGCCGAGACCUCUAGGGCCAAAGACCAUCACGUCUCCGGAGCUGAGGUGGGGAAAGCGAGCACCCAGCAGUAAUGAGGGCCAGGGGCA